AUGGUAUCUCUGCAACUUCUCACGAACCCCAAAACUUCUCCACUGUACUGCCAUACCUUUUCCCCCAAAACCCUCAAGAAUAAACCUAGGACCCUCACUGUAAACUCCCUCCUCCAGUACAACCGCAAGCCCCAGCUGGCCGGGGAGGCGCCUCGUGUGGUGGUCAUCACUUCCGGAAAGGGUGGCGUUGGCAAGACCACCACCGCCGCCAAUAUCAGCCUCUCCCUAGCCCGUCUUGGGUUCUCCGUGGUUGCCAUUGAUGCCGACGUCGGCCUCCGUAACCUCGACCUUUUACUGGGUCUCGAGAAUCGCGUCAACUAUACUGUAUUCGAGAUCCUGAAUGGUGAUUGCCGGCUCGACCAGGCCCUUGUUCGAGACAAACGCUGGUCCAAUUUCGAGCUACUUUGCAUUUCCAAGCCAAGGUCCAAGCUCCCUAUUGGAUUCGGGGCAAAGGCUUUGGUUUGGCUUGUGGAUGCACUCAAGGGCCGUGAAGAAGGGACGCCGGAUUUUGUACUGAUCGACUGCCCUGCUGGGAUUGAUGCCGGAUUUAUAACUGCUAUUUCUCCUGCCAAUGAGGCGGUUCUGGUAACCACGCCAGAUAUUACUAGUCUCCGCGAUGCAGAUAGGGUCACCGGGCUAUUGGAAUGUGAUGGGAUUAGGGAUAUUAAGAUGAUUGUGAACCGCGUGAGAACAGAUAUGAUAAAAGGGGAGGAUAUGAUGUCGGUUUUGGAUGUUCAAGAAAUGUUGGGGUUGCCAUUGUUGGGGGUGAUCCCAGAGGAUACUGAGGUGAUUAGGAGCACGAAUAGGGGGCAUCCACUGGUUCUGAACAGACCUCCUGCGUUGGCCGGGUUAGCAUUUGAGCAGGCAGCGUGGAGGCUGGUCGAGCAGGACAGUAUGAAGGCUGUGAUGAUGGAGGAGGAGCCCAAAAAACGCGGGUUUUUCUCGUUAUUUGGAGGGUAA